AACACGAUUGACGACAGCGUCCACUGCCUUUAACGUCAAAGAAUCUCACGAAACGCCAAUUCUCUCGAAUGUUGCCGGAUGGAAAUAAAUCGCAACGUCAGUCUGUAGACAGUCUGAAAGUAGCACGACAGUUUCCACCGUUCUUGGAGCGACGGAAACAACAGAGAAAUCAUUUCCGGGAACGUGAUACGUCAGUAAGGCUCACGUGAUCUGGUGCGCGCAAGAAUAACGCUUCAUUGGGAGGACGAAAUUCUUAAUUGAAGCGGCCCCGUCAAUUUUUAAUUAAUUACCUUAAAUUUAAUUAAAUUAAGUUAAUUAAUGUUUUUAAACGUUCUUAACGUACAUCUGUCGGGUUUUCUUUGAGAUAUUGUCCAGAUACCCAACUUGGCUAGUAUGGAUUUCGAGCGAAGGCGGAGCCAGCAGCUAUAGCGAAAUGCUCAGGCUAACAAUCCGGUUAGAGAUAUAUCAGUGCUAGACAGUAUAUAUAAUAGACUCUAACACCGUCACAUACUAUAGAUACAGUUGUUGUUACGUAACAAUUACUAUGGUAAACCCAAAUGACCUGUAGUGCUGAGGAUAAUGACUGUAGUUACCGGUACCUCGAUUCUUCUUCUAGUUUCUUACAUCGUCGCAGUUUCUGCUAUAUUUCUCAGACAACGACAGGAUGAAGUAGGAGCAAGAAAACCUCGUAUUAUUGUGACACCCAGUCGCCUGCAAUUUUCUAAAUUCCAAAGUGCGAGUGUGUCGUGUCGUCUAGGCGGUGCACAUGCUUGGUAUAUGAGUAUGGUCGUUCUGCCCGAUCUCAACAAGAAGGAAAAAUUUGAAGGAGGCAAGACGGUGUGUCACAUUCGAAGGAAAUCGUGUCGACUAAUAUUUGAAAAGUUUGAGAAAAAGUUUGCUGUGUGGUAUGCGUGUAUCGCGUAUUACCGCAACGACAUGAACAUAUUUGUGCGCGAGAAAGGUCGAGGAGCGUACAAGCUUAACCCGAAAGGACUGCGAGCAGCAGGAAAGCAAUUCAGGCUCGACAUGGAACCUCACAAAUCUUUCACGAAUCUGCGUGUAACGAUAGAAAAAGAGAGAGACACGCCAAUUUAUUACAAUCUACCACAAACAGAAAUUCCUCUUCUAGAGAUUCAUAGCAACGCAACGCGACUAUACAAAUUUGUCUGUUCGACGGAUGGAGACGUGAAAGAUGUAGAUGAAGUCUCUUUGACGUGGAAAUUUGUGCCAGACGUUACACACAUCAAGACAACUUCUGCUCAUAAAUAUAACAAGAUGGCGCCCAUUACGCAGUUGACUGGCAAUGUCACUAGGCUAGACGUCGACACGUCGUCAGUACAACAAUCACAUUUCAAAAUCACACGACCCUCUAGUGAAACAAAUGGAAUUUACUAUUGUGAAUGGACGACACCAACGACAGUACAACGGUCUCCGGCAUUUGAAAUUAGAGUAAAGAAUGUACUCGACAAUUCUUGCUCGAAUCCUGACGUAUGGAAGAGCGUGUGUCACAGUAAACAACGAUGUUUUCAAGAUCGCUACUACUUCGAGUGUAUGUGUCUGCCUGGUUUUCGCAAAAACAGCGGCAAGUGCGAAGAUAUCGAUGAAUGCACAAAUGGUAUUGCGCAUUGUCCGGAAAACAGCGAGUGCAAAAACACAUACGGAAUGUAUAGGUGUCCGUGUGUAAAAGGAUACAAGUAUCAUGAAAUCACGAGAUCUUGUAUUGUUGACUUGAAUUCGUACGACAAAGAAGACGAUACCAGCGUGGCCUUUGAUUUCAUGCCAGACGACACUGCACAUCUAACCCAAACUAAGCAGCAUCCACACACACACAAAACCGUGCAGCAACGUCUAGAUCCCAACCCUAUGGAGAAGGCCGGCGUUAAGUCGAAGACUCUUAGCGUAGAUAACGAUGCAAAUGACGUCGCGUCUUCACAGUCGAGUAGAAGCUUCAACAAUCCAAAUCAUCAGCACGAGCACAGUACUCGAGCAAACAAGUCUCUAACAUUCAACGAUGAAUACCGCGGCGGUGACGUCAAUGUCGACGACCAGUACCAGUUACCAUCAUAUGAUGAAGAUAGAGUGAACGACUCUAGCGGUAUCCAAUGCACGUAUGUCUUCGAUCACAGCAUGUUCGACUGUCUAGGAUCUCUAGUGACUGUUAUUGGUGGAAUCGUCUCUGGUCUCGUCGUGACGGUCAUCGUACUAGUUGUUGUUGUCUGCUGUAUAAAGCGCAAGCGAAAAGCCAAUAAACAAACUAGAAGGUAUAGUCAAGAAGAGAAAACGUUCAAAACGUCGAAGCGAUCACAUCGAAAGCGAACGUCAAAGAGUGAAGAGCGACGUCCACUCCGGGAAAGACAAGACCCCACUUCAUGAAAAUAUAGAGUAGCUAUGUAAUAAGUCAUAUGCUUUGAUCUAGUCUAACAACCCUAGAAACGUCUAGACUGUAUAGACAUGUGAAACCUUCUGUAUACACACGUGGUCCAGAGAUGUCGGACCGAGCGCGUAUAUACCGUUGGUGUUCAACGCCCGGGGGUAAAACA